AUGGCCCAACCUCAGAAGCCAGAGACCUUUAUGCUCUCAAACGAGGCACAGCAGAGCUUGCCCCAGGAUGCGCAAGUCGCCCUGCAGCAAGUGGACAACCUCAAAUAUUUUCUCAUUUCCGCGCCCGUGGACUGGAGUCCCGAUUCUCUUAUUCGCAGAUUCCUCCUUCCCACGGGCGAAUAUGUCUCCUGCGUUUUAUGGAACAACCUAUUCCACAUCUCCGGCACCGACAUUGUGAGAUGUCUAUCUUUCCGUUUCCAGGCGUUCGGCCGACCAGUCAAGAACCCCAAGAAGUUCGAGGAAGGCAUUUUCUCAGACCUGCGCAACCUGAAGUCAGGCACGGACGCAUCACUGGAGGAACCUAAAAGCCCUUUUUUGGACUUCCUGUACAAAAAUAAUUGCAUCCGGACGCAGAAGAAACAGAAGGUCUUUUACUGGUACAGCGUGCCUCAUGACCGCCUAUUUCUUGAUGCUCUGGAGAGAGAUCUGAAGCGCGAGAAAAUGGGCCAGGAGGCGACGACUAAAGCAGUGGCGGAGCCAGCGCUCUCAUUUGAAUUCGACUCGUCGCAAUCGCUGUUUGAGCAACUCACAAAGGCCCAGCAGGCUAGCUCGUCCUCCUUUGCGACCGCAAACGCAAAUGUGACCUACUCCCAGUCGACCUCGCCUGUCCUACGUGCAGCGGAUUCGAUGCCUCCUCCAAUGGUGCCUCCUCAGAUGCCACGAUCUCAGGAGCAGCCGCAGACCAUGUAUACUAGCAUGAGCAUGCAGAGCAACCUGCCAACCCCCCUUUCCGCUACGGCGAUGUCUCGAGAGCCGGAUUUCUCCCACGUCGCCUACGAUCGCGCCCACAUUCGUCAUGCUUCCAUGCCUGCAUACAUGGAGUAUUCCCCAGCUCCUUCAUUCGUGUCGUCACAUUUCGAGGAUUACAGCACUCGCGGUCUCUCGUAUGAGCCCAUUACACCACCACAACAUGCCAUUCCUGGCGCCGAGCCUGCGUAUAUUGCCAAUGAGGACACUGGCCUCUACUCUGCUAUCCCAGAGAUGCAGCCUAUGCCGGCUUAUAAUCCAAUGGCUUCAUUGCCACCUACCCUUGCAGGCCCACUUCACGUAACUGCACCACGACCGUUCCCCCCUGCGAACGUCUACUCGGUGAUUGAAGGCUCUCCCACCUACAAGGCAAGGAGGCGGCGCUCAUCGAUCCCAUCGUCCAUCAUGAAUGCGGUGGCUGCCAAUGCCGUUGCUCAAGUUACUCACGGAAUCAAGGCACAUCUCCCUCAAAGGCCUAGCGAUCUUCGCCGGUCUAUGUCGAGCUCUGUUUUGCCUAUUGCGGAAGGCGAUGAGUCCGGCGACCAGUCUCCUCCUGGUCUUGCACACAGUUACGCUUCCUCGGUCGUCAAUCGCGAUCAUCUCGCUGAUUUCUCCCGACGAAGCACGCCAUUACCGAGCCUCGAGGAGGACCCAACACACUCCCUCGGGAUGCCGGCUGGCACUGAACCCAUGCCUAGUCUCAUGGGAGAUGAUAUGCACAUUCACUCACUCCAAGCUAGCCCCGCAGUCCGGUUAGAGAGGCCAGGGCCCGUGCGCAGAGCACGAAGUGCAACCAUGAUGGAACUUGGUGUACCAUACAAAUCUCAUUCAUGCCCAAUCCCCAGCUGCGGGCGGCUUUUCAAGCGCCUUGAGCACCUCAAGCGACAUGUCCGAACCCACACCCAAGAACGUCCCUAUGUCUGCCCUUACUGCAACAAGGCGUUUUCACGAUCCGACAACCUGGCUCAACACCGCCGAACCCAUGAAUCUCAACAAGAUGGUCAACCCGCCCCAGUGACCAGUGAAGAAGAAAUGGAGACUGAAGAGAAUGAUUUCGGCUCCAUGGACGAGCUCUCGUCCCCAGAUGAAGUUACCCGACCCACGAGCGUUUCUGGCAUGAUGGCUAUGUCCAUGCCCCCUCCAUCAACGCUCGUCAUGCAGCCAAUGACUUCUCAGCCAAUGAUGGCCCCCAGUCAGCUUGUUCAACCUUCGAUGCUGCAAAACUUGUAG